GUUAACCAAACAAGGACAGAUACUCCCAAGAUGCGUGAAUCGCAAAAAGUCAUUUCACAUUCGCCGAUCUCCCCUCCCAGUCUCUCCAGCCAAUCGACUUUGCACCUUUUCAAGCCUAGCCCAACCACGGAUCUUCACGCUGAUCAAACAUUGGUGUCUGCUCGCGCUGUGGGUGUCCAAGGCGUUUCGUCAUUGUGCCUCUUCAGUGCUGAGCAGGUCUUACCGCCUUUGGAUUGAAAGGAAAAGCAAGGAAGAAACCUCCGUCAAACACCAGUUUUACAAGUUCCAAGAAAGAC